AUGGUCGUUCUCGCCAAUACGCCCCAUCUCCUCCUCUCCAUCCUCUACUACUCCUUCAACACCCUCUUCGCUGCCAUGUGCGCCAGUACAGAAUGGGCAGACUUCGGCGCCAGUCCCCGCAAGACUCUUCGCUCCUCGAAGCCAUCUGGGUCCUACUUCCUUCAAUUGCGCUACCGCUUCUCAACCCUUCUACUGGGGCUCUCAACAGUCCUUCAUCGGCUUACCUCGCAAGCUCUGUUCCUCGCCAAGGUGGAGGGCACCGAUAGUCAUGGCGCGGGGAUGCGUGAUUCGCGACCACCUAUGCCUACUCAAACAUCGCCAUGA